AUGAUGAGGGAGGAGGAGGAGGAGGCCGUGAUGAUGAGGAUGAGGCUAAGUGAUGAUGAGGGAGGAGGCAGUGAAGAUGAGGGAGGAGGCAGCGAUGAUGAGGGAGGAGGCAGUGAUGAUGAGGGAGGAGGCAGUGAUGAUGAGGGAGGAGGCAGUGAUGAUGAGGGAGGAGGCAGUGAUGAUGAGGGAGGAGGCAGUGAUGAUGAGGGAGGAGGCAGUGAUGAUGAGGGAGGAGGCAGUGAUGAUGAGGGAGGAGACAGUGAUGAUGAGGGAGGAUACAGUGAUGAUCAGUGA